CAGAGAUGCGCAUCUGUACAGGCAGCUAGAGGGAAGAGAGGGAGGAAGAGGAGAGAGAGGGAGAGAUACGAACAGGACAAGAUGAGGACCACGGCAGCAGGGAUGCUCGAACCGACAUUGGGAUGGACGCGGGCAGACGAGAGGACAACGCCGAGGGAGACCGACGAGGCAUGAAAGGAAAAGGCUCUGGAGACGUGCCGUAUCGCUCCAACAUGGAGGCGUAGCGCGCAUUAGAGGAGAUCGUUUCAUUGUAGCCUAGCAGCAGCAGCAUCAUCAUCAUCAUUCUUCCGUCCAACUUGAGCGUAGAGGAGGAGAGAGGAGGAGAGAUGGGCUCCCAGGUGGUGCAGACCCUGCGUCAGGGUGUCUGGGCAUCCCUGACCGGGGGCUGGUACCACGACCCGGACCAGAACAAAUUCAACAACUCGUGCCACCUCUAUCUGUGGAUAUUUCUCCUGAUGUUACCCCUGUCUCUCCAUCUGGCCUUGCCUCCUACCACCAUGGCUUUGAGCAUCUACUGCACCUCCAUCACUGUCUUCUUCAUCGUCAUCAAGGUGGCCAACUACCGCCUGCACAUGAUGUUCGAUGAGGGCGAGGCAGUGGUUCGCAGCAGCCUUUCUGAUCUCAGCAAGGCUCAGGAGAAAAAGAGCAAUGCUUCGGAUUCCUGCCUGCCGGCCACCAUUAGGAAGAGCAGCACAGUCCCCGACAGCGUUGCCAUGACAAUGUUGGGUCGGAAGCGCCCCAGUCCGGUGAUCCAGGUGACAGUGAAGCAGACCGAAACUGACCCGGGACUCAUUGGGGUGGACUGUUCAAAGUCAGAUGAGGUGAAGGCUGCGGAAGGACAGAGUGAGACUGCUGCAGAGGAGAAGCCUUUGGAGGAGGGCUUGCACCCAAGCCCAGAGCCCUCUCCAGAUGACCUCUCCAGCCCCAAUCCGGACCAUGCCACCCCUCUGCUGCAGGCCCAGCAGAGGCCCCCUUCCAGAGCCGAGAGAGACGAGACGCGGACCGUAUCUUCUAGUGGGAACGGGAAAAUAGAUGAAACCGAAGCUGGAAAUGAGAAAGAAGGAGUGGAAAGUGAGAGCGCUUUGACAGUAACUGACAGAGAGCAACCUGAGCGGGAAAGGACAGCGGAGAAAAAUUUGGAGCAGGAGGAAAUAGGAGAAAAAGACGGCGAGGACAAAGAGGCUGAAGACAGGGAAACCGUUGAUGAAGGCUUGCCUCCUUCCAAGGGAAGCGAAGGCGAGAGUGAGGAGGAGAGUGAGGGGCAUAAAGAAUACUCAGACGCCAACAACAACUCACUGGAGACUCCCCAAGACGACCAAGAUGAAUUCAUCGACAUCCCCGAACCCCCUGCACAGGCUGAGCUGGUGGAGGAGACCUACUGUUCUGAUGAAAUUGAGGUGGUCCUGGUGGAUAACUCUGGUCCCAGGCCGGUGUCGGUUCAGCUGGACGACAGCGACACAGUCAAGAUCAUCAUCACCAUGAGCUGCGACCCUCAGACAGCGGCCCAGCUGGAAGAAAGUGUCAAGCAGAGCCUUCUGGAGAACGCACAGGCUCAGAAGGACGCGGGAGAAUGUCACAUCAAGAUCCCAGUCAUCACCUUUGACUCCCCCGAAGAGGAAAAACAGGAGCCCGAAGAGGGAGAGGAAGGGACUGGCUCGGAGGAUGACCCCACCCUGAAACAGCAGCAGACCACAAGCCAAAGUGAAGAGUUUCACUUAUGUAGAGAAACGAUUACUCCUGACUCCACCACACUGGAGUGUCCAGAUCAAGAUAAGGAGCAUCUUGGUCUGCAAAUGCCUACUGACAGCACCCCGAGCCCACAGCUGACAAACGAUAACAGCUCGUCAGGUAUCGACGUCAACUCCCACCCCGACGACACAGACCCUCUGGAUCCUAACGUGGACUCACAGGGGUUCCUUCGUCUUCCGCAAACUCUGUGCCGCUACGGACCCGGUGGAAGGACUCACAUCCGAGGGCUGAGCAUGGACAGCGGGAAAGAUGCUGUUCUGCUCUCAGAUCGAUCACACAACACAACCACCAUGACCAGUUCCAAGUCAGACCUGGAGGCAAAGGAGGGCCAGAUUCCCAACGAAUCCAACUUCUUGGAGUUUGUGUCCUUGCUGGGGUCCAUCAGUAUGAGAGCCGGAGGUGCCAGCACACAGGAAGAGGUGGGGCCAGAGAGAAAAGAAGAAUUGGACGCCGCAGAAAAAGAGAAUCAGAGUGCAACUUCUAGACCAGAUGAAACGAUAACAGAGACCAACCCUGACGACAAACCAGAGAGACCCAAGCCCCCCACUAGUCUGCCUACCAAGACGCUGCAGGCUAUACCACCUACACACAUCCCAAUAGUCUCCCCUGACAGUCCACAGACAGAUAGAGAGAAGGAUCCAGACUAUGAUUCUUUGCCUUCGCAAACAUCUCAGUCUGAGAGCUCCAUGCUGCAGGUCAUCUGCAGACCAGAAGCCACCAACAAAGAAGAGGCUUACACCUUCCAUACUGUACACAGAGACAGGCCUCGCAAGCUGUACGCGGAGAGGGCUCUCAACCUGCCGCUAGGAGCAGAGCUCAUUACCGGCAACAUGUGCGACCUGCUGUCAACUUCUUCCAACUCAGAGUGUCAGGACGGCCUGGCGGGCGGUCACACGGACUGCCCUUUUCAACGACGCAUCAUCCCGGCACACAGGCUUCGGCCACGAAGGACGCACCCUGAAAUCUUCCAGGAAGAGGACUCUUUGGACGAGUCGUCAGAGACUUCCACUCAGGAGAAGCCCACCAGGAAAAUAUACUACAAGCUCAAACUAUUUCCUGGGAAGUGGAUCAACAUUUUAUAUGACCGCCUCACACUGCUUGCCCUUCUCGACAGAAAUCAAGAUGUCCUGGAGAAUCUUGUUGCAGUCUUUAUGGCCUUCCUGGUUUCCUUUCUGGGUUUUGUACUUCUCAAUCAUGGCUGCUUCAAAGACUUCUGGGUCUUCCAGUUCUGCCUAGUCAUUGCCAGCUGCCAGUAUUCUUUACUGAAGAGUGUUCAACCAGAUGCAGCUUCACCAACACACGGUCACAACCAGCUGGUGGCCUACAGCCGCGCGGCCUACUUCUGUAUUUUCUGCACUCUGAUCUGGCUGCUGGAGCAGCUGCUGAGGAUGAAAGACCUGCCCGUCUCCACCCUGUACGGAGUCACCAUCGUCUGCUACGACAUACUGAGCUUCUUGCGAGACCUGCUAGUGGGGUUUACCUACUGCUUUCCUAUCACCUUCCUGGUGGGACUUUUCCCUCAGAUCAACACCUUUACCAUCUACCUGCUGGAGCAGAUUGACAUGCACCUUUUUGGAGGAACAGCUGCUACGAGCCUCAUCUCUGCGAUCUACAGCAUCCUCCGCAGCCUGAUCGCUCUGUCUCUGCUGUACGGCUUCUGCUUCGGAGCUCUCAAGGAGCCGUGGGAUGAGCAGCACACCCCAGCCUUGUUCUCUGGUUUCUGUGGCCUUCUGGUGGUUUUCUCGUAUCACCUCAGCCGGCAGAGCAGCGAUCCCUCCGUACUUCUAUCCCUGAUCAAGGCAAAGGUAAUGCCUGCUCUGGUGGAGAGCGAGGAAGAGGAGGAAGAAGAUACAGCCAUUAAAGACCCACUGCCUGAGAAACUGCAGAACUCCAUGAAGGAGAUCCUGCUGUCGGAUGUUAUCGUGUGCUCUGUCGCCUACAUCCUAACCUUCGCCAUCACAGCGAGUACCGUGUUCCUGUCUCUCAAGCCCUUUGUGACCAUCGUGCUCUACGCUCUGGCGGGAACGGUGGGGUUUGUGACUCACUACCUGAUCCCUCAGCUGAGGAAGCAUCACCCUUGGUUGUGGAUCUCCCACCCGGUCCUCAAGACCAAGGAGUACUACCAAUUUGAACCCAGAGAGGAUGCCGUGCUGAUGUGGUUCGAGCGCCUGUACGUGGGGCUGCUCUGCUUUGAGAAGUACGUGGUGUACCCCGCCAUCGUCCUGAGCGCACUCACCAACGACGGCUUUGCCCUCAGCCACCGCAAGAAGCUGGGUAUCCACUGUGACGUUCUCCUGACGACUGUGGCCGGACUGAAACUCCUGCGUACCUCCUUCUGUGACCCUAGCUUCCAGUUCCUCACUCUGCUCUUCACUCUGGUUUUUUUCCACUUUGACUGUCCGCACGCCUCCGAGAGCUUCCUGCUGGAUUUCUUUAUAAUGUCUAUCGUCUUCCACAAGAUGCGUGAGUUGUUGCUGAAACUUCACUUCAUCCUGGUUUACGUCGCUCCCUGGCAGAUCGCCUGGGGCAGCGCCUUCCAUGCCUUCGCCCAGCCCUUUGCCGUGCCUCACUCAGCCAUGCUGCUGCUCCAGACUCUGCUCACCACCAUCUUCUACACGCCACUGGCCCCCUUCCUGGGCAGUGCCAUCUUCAUUUCCUCUUAUCCGAGGCCCAUAAAGUUCUGGGAGCGAAACUACAAUACAAAGCGUAUUGACAACUCCAACAGCAGAUUGGUGUCCCAGGUGGACAAGGAAACAGGUUGUGAUGAUAACAACCUGAACUCCAUCUUCUACGAGUACCUGACUCGCUCACUGCAGCAUUCACUUUGUGGUGACCUCAUGCUGGGCCGAUGGGGCAACUACAGCGCCGGGGACUGUUUCAUUCUGGCCUCUGACUACCUCAACGCCCUGGUCCACCUCAUAGAGAUUGGCAACGGGUUGGUCACCUUCCAGCUGAGGGGUCUGGAGUUCAGAGGUACGUACUGUCAGCAGCGGGAGGUGGAGGCCAUCACGGAGGGCGUGGAGGAGGACGACGCGUGCUGCUGCUGCGAGCCGGGCCACUUGCCUCACAUGCUUUCAUGCAACGCCGCUUUCAACCUGCGCUGGCUGGCCUGGGAGGUGAUGGCCACCAAGUACCUGCUGGAGGGCUACAGCAUCAGUGAGAACAACGCUGCCACCAUGCUCCAAGUGUACGACCUGCGAAAGCUGCUCAUCACCUACUACCUGAAGAGUAUCAUCUACUACCUAGUGCACUCUCCCAAACUGUCCACUUGGCUCAAGGACGCCACCAUUCAGGAGGCGCUGCAGUCCUACACCAAGUGGCACCACAUCGAACGGGAGCCACAGGUUUUCAGUGUGAAGAUCGAUGAAGACUACGUGCACUGCCUGCAGGGGGUGACGCGCGCCAGCUUCUGCAACGUCUACCUGGAGUGGAUCCAGUACUGCGCGGGGAAGAUGGAGACGCCCGUGGACAGUGAUGAAGACUCUCCUCUGGUGACUCUGUCUUACGCUCUGUCCGUCCUGGGGAGGAGAUCCCUCGGCACGGCGUCGCACAACAUGUCCAACAGCCUGGAAUCAUUUCUGUACGGCUUCAACACCCUGUUCAAAGGCGACUUCCGCAUCGCCACAAAAGACGAGUGGGUUUUCGCUGACCUGGACCUCCUGCAGAAGGUGGUGGCUCCUGCAGUCAGAAUGAGCCUGAAACUGCAUCAGGAUCACUUUACCUGCCUGGAGGAGACAGAGGAAGCAUCUAUUUUGUACGAAGCCAUCACAAACUACCGCAGCAGCCUGGUCAUCUGCCACGAGAGUGACCCCGCAUGGCGUAAGGCGGUGCUGUCCAGCCGCGACACGCUGCUCACCCUGAGGCACAUGAUCGAUGACGGCACGGACGAGUACAAGAUCAUCAUGCUGUACAAACGCCACCUCAGCUUCAAGGUCAUCAAGAUCAAUAAGGAGUGUGUUCGAGGUCUGUGGGCGGGUCAGCAGCAAGAGUUGGUAUUUUUACGAAACCGAAACCCGGAGCGCGGCAGCAUCCAGAACUCGAAGCAAGCGCUGAGGAACAUGGUCAACUCGUCCUGCGACCAGCCGCUGGGAUAUCCCAUGUACGUGUCGCCACUGACGACGUCAUACGCGGGAACGCACCGUACGCUCCGCAGCAUCGGGGGAGGGGCUUUGAGUCUGGAGGCCAUUCGUUCCUGGCUCUGCUCUAAAUGGUUACGGGUGCGUAAGGACAACCUGACCAGCUGUAACAGCGGCGUCAACAUGGAGGAUGUCGACUGCGGCGCUGGCGGUUCGUCCUCGCUGAGCCACAACCGUCCGUCGUCCGUCACGUCCAACAGCCUGAGCCUCUACCAGCACAGAGCCAGGACGACGCACAGCCACAGACACCACAAUGCAGCCAGGAGAGAGUACCGCAGUCGCUCGGUGCAGCCUCAGAGUCAGCGUCCGCCCGUCAGCAGCCAAUCGGGGCCUAUCCUGGACUCAGGCUCCAACCACGGGCUCGUCCAGCGUCUGUCCAACAGUCAGCUGUCCUUUAACACAUCAAUAGCCUCUAUAUUCUCCCAGGUCCCUCGUCUCUCUGGAGCAGGUGGGAUCAGCUCGCAGCUUCAGGCGGCGCAGCAUCAGCAGCGCUCCAGCCAGGUCUCCUCAUCUUCGUCCACUCUCAGCCUUCUAUUUGGGAAGCGUAGUUUCUCCAGCGGCCUGGUUAUCUCUGGGCUGUCCGCCGCUGAAGGGGGCAACACCACCGACACACAGUCCUCGUCGAGCGUCAACAUCGCCAUGGGGCCCUCGCACAGGUCCAGCAGCAGAGCCACACAGUGGACAUCAGAGCCAUAUGAGAGUAUAGACGCGACCAAUUCCAACGCUGCCACCACAGUGAAAGACGGCACGCAGUCAAGUGACCGAGGCUGCAGCCAAGAAUUAGACAAGACCCAGGAGGACUCGGCGUCUGCCUCAGCGGCUGCAGAGCCGCCCGAUCAACAGACUGUCUGAGAGAGACAGAACACAUGAGCGUGCCCAUAUACUUGUGCCCAUACGCAGAGAGGACUGUAAGAAAAGUACACGCAUACACACAUAUACACAUACAGAGAGAGCACCCAUGCACACGAACCUGCCUCCUCUCUUGUCGUCCUCAGCAUGUGGUCUCACCCUGUUGUCUGAAUGUAAAGUCUGAAAACAUGAUCUUGGAAUCCGGUUGAUGAAAUAAAGACGUUUUUAAAUGAA